UCUUCUGCAGCAAGGAAACCAAAGGUCUGCAUUAAUCUCCCAGACAAUGAGAUUUCUUUAUCACAGAGCAACAGGUUUCUGAGUAUGGUAGAGAAUGAUAACGACGGGAAAGAAAACAGAGGAAAUAUCUCGAUGAGAUCUCCUGUAUGUCUUCCUUCUUGUUGGUGGGAUCAAGAGAGCUUUAACGGUUACAGCAGCAGAAGAAGCAUAGCUGAAUUGUUAAGAGAGUUGGAUGCAGACAUCUUGGCUUUGCAAGAUGUGAAAGCAGAGGAAGAGACACUUAUGAAGCCAUUAUCAGAUUUGGCUUCUGCCUUAGGUAUGAAAUAUGUGUUUGCAGAGAGCUGGGCGCCGGAGUAUGGCAAUGCUAUACUGUCUAAAUGGCCCAUAAAGAAGUGGAGAGUUCAGAGAAUUGCCGAUGCAGAUGAUUUUAGGUGA